AUGGCUCCUCCGUUCCAUGCCGAGCAAAUCGGAUCUCUGAUGCGACCCCCGGAGCUCCUAGCUGCCCGCUCCGCCGCCGGUUUAACAGAUACAUACUCCCAACUGACCGGCGAAGUCCAACAGGUGACAGAAACUGCAAUUGCCAAAGUCGUUUCGAAGCAGCUUGAGCUUGGAAUUCGACCAAUCACAUCUGGCGAGUAUGAGCGAGACAAAUUCUAUUCCGGGUUCUUUGAAACCCUGGAAGGAAUGGAAAUAGUCCACGCUAUCCCGAUCCCGGAAGGAUAUAGAACGAACUUCCCAACACUCAAAACACUAAUGUCCCUUGGUAUCACGACUCGCGACUCGAUCGUCGCCAUCGAUCGCAUUCGUCACUCCCGCAGUGCUUACAUGUCAGAGUGGCAGUCUCUGCGUCGUUUUGUUCCAGAGGACAAGUGGAAAGAGUGCAAAUUGACAAUGCCGCCAAUCACGCACAACCACAUGCAGAUGGCAGUAGGAACAGCGUAUCGCAAAUCCGCCUACACAUCCGACCGAGAGUAUUUCCUAGACCUGGCACAGGCAUACAAAGCAGAAUUUCAGGCACUCUAUGAUGCGGGGCUGCGUUCAAUCCAGAUCGACGAUCCGUGUCUAUUAUUCUUCGUGACCGAUGAGUUUCGCUCUGGUUGCGAAGCAGACGGCAUUGAUCCCGACGCGAUGCUUGAUGAAUAUAUCUGGGCUCAUAACCAGUGUCUUAUCGGAAAGCCCGACGACCUCCACGUGGGCUUGCAUCUCUGUCGGGGCAACAUGGCCGGUUCCAACCAUAUCAUGAGUGGGUCGUAUGAGCGUAUCGCUAAGAAAAUGUUUACCGAAUUAGCAUACGACACUUACUACCUCGAGUAUGACACCGACCGAGCGGGUGAUUUUGAACCAUUGCGACAUUUGCCAAUUGGAAAGAACAUUGUUCUGGGUGUUGUUUCAACCAAGUCGCCGGACCUGGAAAGCUUGGAUGAUCUAGUCACUCUAGUGCAUUCUGCAGCGGAGGUCAUUGCUCGUGGACAAGGAAGAAGUGCCGAGGAGAUUAUUCAGACCUCUCUUGGGGUUAGUCCCCAGUGUGGCUUUGCCAGUAUGAGUCUAGGGGGAGGCCGUGGGAUGACCAUUGACGGUAUGUGGCAGAAGCUGUCGCUCGUGCAACAUUUAGCCGAGCACAUCUGGAACAGAUCAUAG